CCCACGACAUUUUCACAUAACGAAUUUCUAGUUACGCGACAACUGCGUAUAUGCGUAACGUUUGCUCUUCUCUCAUUGACGUACAGUUGUGUAUACAGUGUCACGUGAAUGAAAGCGUUGUUUUGUUGUUUCUAGACUCGAACUGUGCUUUGGUAUUGUUUCAUAUUUUAAGAUUUUAACAUGAAAAAGUCGUUUAGGACUUGGGAGAAUGCUUCUCCGAGCUCUCAUCGUAUGACAUUGAGGAGUAUAUGCGGUAAUAACUGUUGCGCUGGAGCUGGACACGAUCAUAAAACCACUCAUAAACAGAAUUCUCAGAAUGUCGUAUCAUCGACUCAUUCAAAAACAGUUAAGAAAAGUAGGAUACGAGGUGGAGUAGUUACCAAAGAAGUUAAGAAUAAUGAACAAGAAAUUGGUGCUGACGUAAGAAUAAUGUCAACUCCUAAAGAGUUGCAGUUAAUGCAGUCGGGUCAUUCAAGACAAAUUGAAGGAUCUAAGUCCGGUAGUAAUGUCAAAUCCAGGAUAACGACAACUUCAAAGAAAACGCAAAUUAUUAGAAAAUCUGAUACGUCUUUUGGCAAAAUGUCUAAAAAAUCCAGUGAUUAUUCUAGUGGCUAUAACGACAGCGAUUCUGAGGAGAAUGUUAAGACUGAUUAUACAUAUGCAAAAAGUUUAAGUUACAGAAGUCGUGUAACUCCUAAUAGAGGUAUCAUUCAUCCAAACAUGUCCCGUCGAAGUAUUAGAUCUGAUGAGUCCACUCUUGGAUUGCUAUCCGAUUCAAGCAGCGGUGAUGAAAGUUACGAAAAAAUUGUUAAAUCAAAGAAUGAAAAAAAUCAGCAAUCGAUAUUUUGUCUGCAUGGAUCUGCUCUUACAAGUCUUAGAAAAAAUAACGAUGCUGAUGUCAGAGGCGAUAAAAUUUCAUCAAGUUAUUACAAGUCAAAUACGUCAUUUAAUAAUUUCACUUCUACGCCAAUGAAAUAUUCUUAUGGUCUUGAUGAUAAUUAUUCAGAUAAUGAAGACUUUCAAGAAAACAAAGAAAACUCUCUUAAAAUGGUUGAAAGUACGUCGAUUUUCCUGAAAAUACUUACAGUAAUUAAGAAAGUUACAAUGAUUGAGAGCAUUUUCAAAAUUAUGAGAUGGCUCUGGUUUCACAUGUGGAAGUCAAUUUAUUUAGUUAUCUGUUAUACUAUGUUGUUAGAUACGUGGAUAAUACAGAAAUUUUCAAAAUUAAGAAGAUGGAAGAAUUUACUUUUCCUACUUUUUCUGUUAUUAUUACCUUUAUUACUUCUGGGCUAUUUUAAUUCUGAAGAUGCCGUUUCAAAUUCAGCUCGUGAUGUAAUCGCGCGUCUAUCAUCCUCAUUUGUCAAUUUUUCAUUCUGGUCUCAAAAUUCGAUAGGAAAUGAACACGGAGUUAUGAAAUCAUUUUAUAAUGCACUGCAUGUACAAACGAUAGGAAGUUUAUUAUAUAAUUGGAGUAUCCCAUUAUAUGCAUUAUUUAGUUUUAGAGAGAGAAAUUCAGCAGAUUAUAAAGUCGAAACCAGUAUACCAGUUGUUCGUCAUACGGUGGAGUUAGAUUCUUCUACAACUCAUCUAACUGCUGACGAGAUAAAAAUACUAAUACAGGAAGUACUUAAGCAAGAAAUUUCAGGGCUUACGCUUCAACAACAAAGCAUUGUUUUGACGGAAAAAAAAGAAAUUAAAGAAAAUAAUGAGAUAUUAGAAAAAUUACAACUGGAACUUAAGCAUAUUCUUCAUCAUUCUAAAGGUGUAGCAGUUGACAUUGCAGAGAUGAAAAAUACAAUUGGCUUUCAAGAAAAUAGGAAUGAAGAGACAAAUGGAAGACUUAACGUCAUUGAAAAUAAAUUGGAAGAGGUGGAGAGAAAAAUUCACACUGUAGAAGGCCUUUUAGUUGCAAUGAGAAAUUGUUGUCGCAACCAAUCUGAUUACAUGGCCAUGGCAGAAAAGCAGAUAGCGGCUAUGCUGUUGGAGAUUAUGAACAGUGAUCAUCAAGAUAAAUCUUCACCAUUUGCCAACUUUGGUAAUUGGCUGAAGUCUAGAUUUGUAGGAAAAGAAGAAUUACGAAAUUAUGUCGAUAGUGUUGCCGACAGAGUUGCAACGGAUGUAUCUGGUUCGCUAAAAGAGAGGGCUGAAGUCGUCGCCAAGGCUGCCGCAGCAGCUAUAGUAGCAGAAUCGGUUUCUACCAUGAAAACGUCCAUUUACAAUAGCCAAGAACAUACCAUUUUGUCAAAUGAUACAAAAACUUGCGCAUCGGAAGAAAAAGUAAAAAAGAUUGUCAAAGAGGCUAUACUUUUAUAUGAUGCCGACAAAACUGGGUUGGUAGAUUAUGCACUAGAAUCUUCAGGUGGAAGUAUAUUUAGCACAAGAUGUUCCGAAACAUAUCACACUGGUACGGCACAGAUAACGGUUUUUGGAAUUCCUGUGUGGUAUAGAACCAAUUCUCCUCGAACAGUAAUUCAGCCAGAUGUGCAUCCUGGACAAUGUUGGGCUUUCAAAGGAACUCAAGGCUAUCUUGUGAUAAAAUUAUCAGUUCCCAUACGUCCCACAGCCUUCUCGAUCGAGCACAUACCCAAACAGUUAUCGUUAACGGGUUCUAUAGACAGUGCACCAAAAGAUUUUUCAGUUUAUGGUUUAAAAACAGAAAUGGAUCUGGACGGAAAAUUAUUGGGAACGUUCACCUACAACAAAGAUGGCGAUCCUCUUCAAUACUUUUAUGUAAAGGAUCCCGAACCGGAAGUGUAUCCCAUUGUCGAACUGCGCAUUCUUAGCAACCACGGUCACAUGGACUACACGUGCCUGUACCGAUUCAGAGUGCACGGGAAACAACAGUAGAAAAACCACCCCCGGAACUAAAACCGCUACCUCUAGAGGAGAUAAAAAUCUGUGAUCAAGCUAACUAGUCACUACGAAUGUCAUAAAGUAUCAUAGCUGCAUCGACUGUGAGCAUUUUCUUUUGCAACUAAAUCUCAUAUCAUAGAUGUGAAUCAAAAUAUCAUUGGUCACACAUACAAUUUCAAUUUCAUCUAUUUUUUUAAAGAAAAUUUAUAUUUAAAAAAAAAAUAAUUCUAUUUAUUAUAAAAUUGGAUCGAACGACAGACGAGGAAAGAUUCUGCUUCAUAUUUGUAUAGUCAUUAUUUUUAUCGAAAAUUUCUCAUAAUUUUGUGUGAAAACACAUUUGUAUUAUUAUUAUUCGUCCUACGUGUAUUUUAAACAAAUUUCCUUUAAAAUAUCCAAAUUUUAGCCUUGUGUUAAGUUCACGUUAAUUUAUUUAUACAGAAAAUAGAGUAUUAGAUAAUAUAUUAUUGUACUGUACUUAUAUAUAUUUUUUUUCUUUACUAACAGUUUUUUUUUAUUUUGGAGAUUCUUACUUCUCUGUAAUUUCUUGCCAUUACUAUUCAUAGCAUAUAUGUAUAAAUUAAUA